AUGAGAAACAAUCACGCCCCAGAAACUUCCCAUUUAUUCAACGUUGGUUCAGAUGGAAUAACAACUACUGAAGAAAGGACACAUUCAGGUAUUAAAAAACCUAUAAUUAUUAAGAAGAAAGUGGGCUACCGAGUAUACCGUGAUUCUGAUGAAGAACAAGCGCAAGCUGAUCCAAAGGAAAAGUGUCGAAAACAAGUUAAAGUAAAGCUAUGUGAAGAUGAAAGUGAAUCGAAUUCUCAAAAACAGGAGCAAGAUUUAUCAUUUGAUUCAAAGCCUGGACAUAUGUCUGAAAAAGAAAUGAAACAAAGCAUUCAAUUGGCGAAAGAAGCAGUUGAACAUUUACAAAGGGACUUACAAAUAGUUGGAAGUGGUUCUGCGAACCAAGAACAACGUUUGACAACUAACUCAGAUUCCGAAUUACAUAAGGAUAUUGAAGUAGCAAGACAAGUUCUUGAACAUAUACACAGCAAUUUUGGAAAUUUACAGUCUAUGCGCUUACACGCUGCUACAUUAAACAAUGAAGAUCUGAACAACAUUGAAUUUGAAAGAAAGCGUAUGGCUCAAUGGAAAGAAAUAACGGGGCAGGAAAAUGUUAACACCUUAAGGAAUAUUGAAGAUAGAUUUAAAACUAAUAAUCACAACAGCGAAGAUAUUGAAGUUGAAAAAAUGUUUGAUAAAGUUAUUGAAAAGGAUGACUCAAAAACAAAUUCAGCCAAAGUAGCAAUUGAAAAUGAUUCAUCACUAAGUGAUGAUAAAAAUUUUAAGGGAAAUUUUGAAAAUAAAAAAUUGAAAAAUGUAGAUAUACCGGCAAAUACGGACUUAGAAACAUCUAUGGCCCAAGAUAUUCAAUCUAAGAUGAAGUUACAUAGCGAUAAUUUAACAAUACAACCAGUUGCGGUCACGUCUCCAAUAGAAGAGAAAUCUAAUCAAGAUAGUUUAGACAGAAAUACGAAUCAAAAAGAAACUACUAAUGUGGAGUUGAAUGAAAAAGAAAUAUCAAAUCGUGAUUCAAUUGCCAUGAAAGAAGCUGACAAUAUCUUAAAUCAAUUCAGAAAAAAUAAAGAUUCAGAUGGUCAAAAAGAAAUAGAAACAAGAAUAUCAAAUACAGUGAAUAUUUUGAAUGAAUCUAAAAAUGAUCAAAUGACGCGUUCAGAUUCGAUAGAAGACCCAAAUAAAACAACUAGAAAAAGUGACGAAAACAUUCAAUUACAACACGAAGAUCGAUCUUUUGAUGGUUCAACCAUGCAUGAAGAUAUGAAUAAGCAACGUUUUAGCGAACCAUUAAAUAAAAAUAUAGCUAGUGAAGAUUUUGAGCAAAACACAUUAAAUACAUUUAAUGAUUUUCCUGAUCAUAGAAGAACUCAUGAAACUGGUAAACAUCAGAUGAAUGGGCUCCUAAAUAUAGCUCGAGCACAUGAUAAGAGCACGGAUAUGGUGAUUCCAUCUAUGCAAAAACAAGAUAUUAAACAAGAUGUAUUGCGAUUGGGUUUCAAUUCACGAAAUAAUAUGGCAAUCGACAAAGAAUCAAGUGCUUUAGACUUAUCAUCACAUAAAACCGAUGACCAAAGUCAUGCUGCGAGCGAAAAAAUGAAUAUGCGUUGGGUACAUGAAACUAAUGAUCAGAAUUUUCAGACAAUGAGAAAAGAUGAUUCAGCAAAACAUGCUCUUUCGGUGAAAGCACCUUUCCAGGAACAAUUUAAUGAGCAAUCGUUGAGAAAUUCCCACUCUAAUCAUCGUUCAAUAAACGGAGCAGCAACUGACACCGAACAUCAGGAACAUCAAGUGCCGAAUGAUCGUCUCGCCCAUGCAUUCGAUAAAGAACCAAGGUUAAGAGCUGAAGAAAUGAAGGCUGAUAGUAAUACUCACUCUCAUCACGUUAGCCGUCAAAAUGUUCAUCCAUCAUCUGACAUGGCUCCUCGACAUGGUACGUUCCAUCAAACAUCCCAUGCGGAUAACGCAGUACAAUCAAGUAAUCAUAUGGACACUAUGCACAGAUCAGCCUCUGAAUAUGCUCAACAAUGGUUUGACAGCCGUGGACUUUCGAGGGGAUCAAGUUAUAUGCGACAGCAGCCGAACAUGCCAUUAGCCUCAAAUGGCGGCUCUGGUGCUGUAGGGUUAUUCCCCAACGCAAACACAGGAGGCUGCGCAAUUCCAUUACUCCUAAGUUGUUCACCGUCGGUUGUGUCUGGCACCUUAGCCAAAAGCCACCCGUCUUACAGUGCUCCAUCUUAUAGAUCAAUUGACGACUACAGAUAUCACAAAAAACGGGAAACAAACAAGACGGAUGAAAAACUUGCUAUGAAACCCGACCACUUAACAAUGUUAGCAGCGACAGUUAAACCAACUAUGAAGGCGAUGAAGAACUCUUUACAU